AAGAGAGGAGCAGUAACUCUAAAGCUACAAACAUGAAGGUUGCUGUUCUCAUGCUAGUGUUCGGCCUUUGCCAUUCUCAUCCUGAGACUGUGACCAGUGACAAAGUCUGUGCGUGUGCCGGCUCAGACAGCUGCUGUAACAUCUGCUCUCUCACAUCUGUGACUCAAAAAAUGGGAGAGCUGGGGGAGAAAGCUGCAAACCUGGCAGAAAAAGUAACCUUUCUAGAGACCAGGCUACAAAACGCGGAAAAGGAAAUCCUGGAGCUACGGAGCCUCACUGGAGGCACUCCUCAGGUGGCGUUUUCUGCAGCUCUCAGGGAAUCUGGUUCUGGAAACACGGGACCUUUCACCACUGCUACCCCGCUGCAGUACAAAAAGGUUUUCUCCAACACGGGCAACAGCUAUAAUCCUUCAACAGGUAUUUUCACGGCGAUGGUCGGUGGAAUGUACUUCUUUCGGUUCUCGAUGUUCAACAACCUGGCUCCCACUCCCAGCUCGGUUGUGAGCAUCAUGAAGAACAACGAACGUCUGACGUCUGUGUGGGACACCAGCGGGACCGACAGCAACGACAUGGGCAGCAACGCCGUGGUCAUCGCUCUGACGGUGGGCGACAACGUGUACGUGCAGCUAGAGGCAAACAGGAUGGUGUAUGACGACGGGAUGAACUACAACACGUUCAGCGGCUUCCUCCUCUUCCCCAUGUGAUGCAAGCGACGCACCUUCAUGUCAGCGCGAGUCUUCAUUGUUUGAAUUUCACAGUAAAUGGAGCUCCUUGUAUUCUAGUUGCAAAUGAGUAUGAUGUUUCAAGAAAAAAAUAAUCAGAAUCACCUUAACUUUUUGCCUGUGUAUAUUUUUGUGUUUCAUCUUCAUGCAUGAACAUACGAAUACUCCUAAGCAAUGUCAUGAGCAGCAAAUAACAAGGUUUCCUUUCUAGAAAGAUUUUACGUUUAAAAAUAAAGGGAUACAGUCAUUGUUCUGUGACACAAGUGCU